AUGCUGAUCGACGAAGCACCAGAAAAGUUCAACAACUGGAAUGGCAAUAGCUGGGGCACCAACACAUUAAAGGCAUCGCGCAUUUUUGGCCCGAUUCUCACCCAGCGAUUCAUUGGCUCAUGGAAUGGGAUACCCCUAUACAUUGAGGUCUGGCCUCUCUUGAACUCCACCCUUACGGGAACUGAGUACUUCAUUGAAGCUUCUUUCAAGACGAAGAGUCGGAAUACAGCCUCAGCCGAGAAGGAAAAAUUGGCCGAGUUCUUGGAGAGUAAGGGUUGGUUUCUUGCACACGAGUCGCUAAAGACGCAGCUUAUUAUUCAGCGCUACUGA